AUGUCGUCGCUCGUCUUCUUUCCCACCUCGCCCAAGGAGGCGCUGGUCAAGGAGUUUGUGGGCAAGUCGAUCCGGGACGUGCCGACGCCUGCGGCCGUGAUGAACAAGCUGGAGCUGGGGUGGAGGGCACACGUGAAGACGCACAAGACUGUCGAGUUGACAAGGCUGCAAGUUGGAGAGGAUGUGACAAGGCCCGCGAACUUGAUUAUCUCGACACUCUCAGAGGCCGAGUUUAUACUGCCUUUGUUGGAGGAGUAUAAGAGCAAGGGCCGGCAGGUCAACUUUGUCUAUGGCCUGCCCAUCUCCAAGGGCGCCGUACCGCGGCUGGCGGCAAUUGCAAAGGUGCUCGGCGAGGGCAGCAUCUCAGUUCUUCUCGAUGAUCCCGCACAGCUGGCGGCGGCAGCAGAGCUGGAGAAGCAGUCCGGUGUGAAGCCGCUGGCGCACAUCAAGAUCGACAUGGGCGGAAAGCGAGCCGGUGUCGUGGAGAGCAGCGAGCGCUUCGUGCAGGUUGCCGAGGCGGCUCUGGCAGCUCACAAGGCCGGAGCUGUGGUGCUAUCCGGACUCUACUCACAUGCCGGACACUCAUAUGGAGGAGAUAGCCGUGUAGCUGCAGUCAAGAUGCUGCGGGCUGAGGUCGAUGCCAUGCUGAGCGGCGCUGACAGACUGGCUGCCAAGGCCAAGGAGACUGGCGUCACUCUGCCCACGCUGGUUGUCUCGGCGGGAGCAUCUCCUACAGCUCUGGCAGCCGCUGUGACGGAGCUGGCGGAGCUGUUCCGGACAGUCAAGAGCAAGGGCCAUGCGGUGGAGAUCCACGCGGGUGUGUACCCGACCCUGGAUCUACAGCAACUGGCGGCACACAGCAUGGCCUCGUCCAAGUUGUCAUGGCGAGAUAUUGCCCUCACCAUUGUAGCUGAAGUUCACGGCGUGUAUCCCGGCCGCGGUACAAACGGCACAGAUGAAGCGCUGAUUGGGGCGGGCGGACUGGCUUUGGGCCGUGAGUUCUGCAAGGCAUACGACGGCAUGGCCAUGGUAACGCCGUGGGGACGAAAUGUCCCGAUGCCCUCCUGCGACGUUGAGGAUUAUGAGGGCUGGACGGUGGGCAGAUUUGCACAGGAGCACGGCAUCUUGACGUGGGCUGCCGGCAAGCGGAAGACUGAGAAGGGGCUGGGCCCUCAGGGGGAUGCGGUGGAGGCGGGACAGUUGCUGAGACUGUGGCCGAACCAUGCAUGUAUCACAAGCAGUCACUUUGGAUGGUAUUUCGUGGUGGAUGAAGAUAAUGCUGGACAUGAGGAUGAGAUUGUGGAUGUUUGGAUCAAGGCCAGGGGGUGGUAG